AAACCUGGGAAAGGCGAUUUGAUCCGUGCAUAUACCCUCCAGCACGCGGAGAGCGGCCUCGGGAAUGAUUACUUGAAGCGGAAGAACGUGAUAAGGGUACGGCUGGAGGGGGAACAGUUUCUCUUGCAGGCAGCAGAUGUGCCUUCCGUUGUGGAGUGGAUAGAGGGUUUCCAGGCGGGCACGAACAUUUCACUUGACCUUGAUCAUCGUGUCAUGCCAAAAGGACCAAUGUUCCCGAGG